AUGUCCACUCCAUUUUUGCGCCAGCCGCUGUCAGCGCCUGAGUCGCUAGCGAACCAGAAUGGAGGCAGGUACAACGUUAUCCGUAUCCGACACCCGGCCUACCCGGCCUCAGCACCCGACCUGCUCCAGCUGAGCGCGACCGAUGGCGACAAUUGGAAUGGACUUGACCUUGACGUUGCGAGGGCCGCAUGCUCCGUCGUCACGACCGUCAGCUGGGACGAGGGAAUUUUCGCUGUGCAGUCCGACGCAAGUUCGGGUAGCCUCUCCGCCGUUGAACGCCCGGCAGAUGGAAUCUUGCGCGGGAGCGUGUACUUCUGGUGUCGUCGCCUUUCGGACCAAGGCAUUGAUCCAGCAGCCAGCGUAGAACAGUACCCAGUCUACGCAUCCUUUCAACAUUGGCGAUUCCCACAUUCCAAUCUCCCCGAGCCAUGGCGCCAUGUUACAUUGCCCGCACACGAGCCUCUGAACGCUAUGUUAGGCUAUCGUUUGCUCUACCUUCCAAAGCAUUAUUUCCAACCUUCCCAGCGAUUGCCUGUCCCACAAGACUCUUGCUACACACCGCUAAUUUCCUUAUCAGAUAUGUCCAGAACCCCAUGUCACAUCUCCCAAUCGAUGAUGAAAGCAACCUUAUUUUACUGCGCAGGGAUUUGCAGUUUCUGUUCGACCGCAAUCGCUAUGUAUUCGUCCCCAAAAGACCAUCGCUGCCAUCGACCUCGCAAUCGUCAUCGCCAGCGAUUGCGAUUGCAAUUCAUAUACUUCAGCCCCAACGCUCCGUCCAGCUCGUUAGCACGUACCACAACCGCUUGA